AUGGAUCACAACACCGUAAUCGCCUGGCUUCUCCCCUCAUCGACGAACCAACCCGCCCUCGAGACCGUCCGCCUCCUCGCAAAUUGCAACCGCCGCGUCGCCUCCAUCCCCGAAGCCUUCGAUCCCCAACCGACCCCCAACCCAGACAACGACACAAUCAACCCCUUCCUCCUCACCAAGAAGCCCCCAACCUCAUCCCUCCUCGCCAAGCCCCGCCCGGCCCUCGAGCUCUCCUUCACCAACCCCCCAAAGAACCACACCGGCUUCGUCCUCGGCACCGACCCGUGCUGCGACAUCCAGCUCCCCAACCUCCCCGGCAUCGCCCCGCGCCACUGCCACAUCACCUUCGACGCCGAGCGCCGCCUCGUCCUCCGCGACACCUCCGACGCCGGCACCGCCGUCUGGUACGACGGCAACAGCAACGGCGACCGCCCCCGCGAGUCCUGGGUCCUCUCCCCCGGCUGCUCCUACGGCUUCCCCGCCAUGGUCGACCGCGUCGUCGUCGACAUCCAGACCGUCCGCUUCCAGGUCGUCGUCAACGACUCCCACAUGGCCCGGCCCGACCUCUACGACCGCUCCGUCGACGACUUCAUGGACCGCCUGGCCAGCCUGUCCCUCGACGAGAUCAGCGCCCGCGAGGAGCUCUCCUUCGACCUCGACUUCCGCGACUUCGGCAUCGACUUCAGCUUCGACGACCUCGGCUUCGGCUGCGGCGCUUACGACGGCGACUGCGGAGGCUACGACUACGAGAUGGACCUCGACGACAAGAGGGACUACCUCGCGCCCCUGCCCUCCGAGGUCGCCCCCGUGUUCGUGAAGUACAUGUUCGCCGCCGACGAGGGUCUUCCUCCGGACACCUACCUCUGGAACACGGCCCGGCCGUGGGAGCCCAUGGUCAAGGUCACAUGUUGA